AUGAUUCGUCACAAAAUCCUUCAUUCAAAGUGUCGAAUAAAUUUAAAUGCAUGUUCAUGGCUUGUACAAUCCUCUAAACGUUUCAGGACAGAUUAUUACUACAGCGGAUUGUCGCAAUCAAGGGGAUUGGUUUCCGCAAUUGCAACCACACCCAGUGUGUCUGAUCCAACUGGUAUUCCGAAUGCAAAACAGGAAGAGUUUGUUGGAUCAUAUCUCGAAAUCCGAUCUAAGGUCGGUUGCUUCAACCUUCAUUCAGGCGAAGCAACAAAACGUUCAACCGACAAGAAAAGUAUAUCAUGUUGUACCGCAGGCUUGUACGGAGGCAGGAGACCUUCAGAGUGCACUCAAUGUCAUAUCACAGAUGCUACAGAUCUCUCGCUUGAUGUCUAUCCGACAAAAAAAACUUAUUCUUAUUUGUUCAAAAUUAUCUCACUUUCAAAAAACAAGACCUCUUACCACUUGAGGAUACCAGUGCAAAUGUGCCGUCAAAAGUUAAAAUGGAUAAAUAUUUAUGGCAUGCUUUACUUCAUUCUUUUUCUCGGAACUAAAAUCACUAUUGCCGAUUACGGCGUGAAUAUUACCCCCCUUAUCAUUCUGACUAAGCCACUUGUCGCAAAAUCAAGGAAAUAUGCAUAUUCAGACCAACCGAAUUUAGAAGAUUCAGAACUAGCUGAAGCUACGUUCAAGUUGGCCGAAAAGUGUUUGCAGACGGUGCCCGAGCCAUAUGACAGAGAUAUUUGGAAAGUCGUAUUACGUCACUAG